UAAAACUACACCCUGAGCUAGGGUUUGUGGCCAUUGUUUUCGGAAGCAAAAGAGAAAACUCCCAUCGGUGUGAACACAGUGCCGCGCCACCACCGCCGCCGCCACCAUGGGUCGUAUGCACAGCCGCGGAAAGGGUAUUUCUGCUUCAGCCCUACCUUACAAGAGAACUCCUCCCAGCUGGCUCAAAAUCUCUUCCCAAGAUGUUGAUGAGAAUAUCUGCAAGUUCGCAAAGAAGGGGAUGACUCCAUCACAGAUUGGUGUGAUUCUUCGUGAUUCCCACGGCAUUGCUCAGGUUAAGAGCGUUACCGGCAGCAAAAUCCUUCGUAUUCUCAAGGCUCACGGGUUGGCGCCUGAGAUUCCUGAGGAUCUUUAUCACUUGAUCAAGAAGGCAGUAGCAAUAAGGAAGCAUUUGGAGAGGAACAGAAAGGAUAAGGAUUCCAAGUUUCGGUUGAUUUUGGUGGAGAGCAGGAUUCACCGAUUGGCUCGUUACUACAAGAAGACCAAGAAGCUCCCACCUGUCUGGAAAUACGAAUCGACCACUGCCAGCACACUGGUGGCUUAGGCUGUGGAUUUCCCAUGGGGUAUUCAGGAGAGCAACGAGUGAAUCAUCUGUUAUGAGUUAGUACACUGGAAUUUUUUUUUGUGUUGGUUUUGAAUUUUAUCUUUUAUUCGACAAUUUUACUAGCAAGUGGAUGACAGAUUUUGAAUCUUGUGUUUGUUCACUGUUUCAUUAUUGUUUUGUAGCCGUGUUGACCAACAACUUGUUCAAUUGACUAUGGACACAAGUUUUUUGCUUUGGUUGAUCUG